AUAUUUAUAAUCGAGAAAUGACAUAAAUAAACAAUUAAUAAUUUCUAUUUUAUACUAAUGAACUAUGUGACUCAUUUGAUUGUUCAUGUGUCUUGUUUUAGUAUUCAGUUUUAUGUUAUUUAGGUAAGAGUAUGUUGUUAUUAAUUCAAGUCAGUUCUUAAUCUAUUAUUAUAAGCUACAGUUUACAAUCAAAAUGAAGGAAGACGAGUUGAAGUAUACCCUCCGCUUGUUAGAUAAUUUGUGUGAAGAAGUUUUCGAGGAAAUCAUUAAAGUUCACUAUGAUGCAGAAGAAUCUAAAUCAAUAAGUGAAUUAUCAAGCCAAUCAUUAGAUUUUUUAAAAAUAAAUCUAGCAAGAAAUCCAGUGACAACUUCUAUAAUUCUCGAUUUCUUACAAUCCCAUAUAAACGACCAAACAACUUUGCUUAAACUGCAAUAUUUAUAUUUAGAAGUCCUAAAAUCAGAAAUAUCAAAUAAUUCUCCUGAUCGGGUGAUAACUAUUUUAUCAUUGGCAAGAUGGGAUGAUAAGUUACAAACACAAUUUAUUAAUGAGAUAUUUCCACAUUUCUCUGAUGAUAUAUUCAGACAGCUCAGAAAACAGAUCCUUAUUAGUCUUGUAAGCCAUGAGAAACCAGAACUCAUAAACAUAGCAUCAGAUGUUAUGCACAAGAAUGAAUCACAGAAACAUUUUAAAUUAACUGCAGAAUAUAUGAUAGAACUUUGCUACCAGGAUAAGACCCAUUGGCUUUUGAAAGCUGCUCAAGUUUAUAAACAACAACUUCAUGAUAUGAAAAAUGUGACUUUUGAAAUUAAUAAUUUUACUAAGCAAAUUCUUAUAAUGGUAUUGAUUGAUCUAACAAAUUGCCCUGAGACAUAUGACUUGCCUUCAUUAGUUAAUCAGUUGACAAACAUAUUCUCAAUCCUUGAUGCCUACACAACUACAGAUUGUCAGCUACAAUUUUAUAUGACUGAAAUUAAGAGAGAACUGACAGUGAUCAAAUUUUGUCUAGAAAAUAAUUGUAAAAUUAUGAGCACAUCAAUUUUAAGCCAAGUUUUAAGCCAAAGUGCAUUAACAGUUAUAUCUCAAGUUUGCAGACUGUCUAGAGUAGAUAGGUACAAAGUCUCUAGAUUACUAAAUACAAAUAAUGAGUUUAUCACUGAACUGUUGUCCCUUAGUAAUAAAAAUAACUGGGACAAAUUUAUAAAUAUUGGUUCAAACUGGGAUAUUUCCACUUACAACUGUUACUGUGCAAUAACAAAGGUAAUUGAUACUAUAUUAAAUACAUCUGAAGGUAUGGAAAACACCCAGGAAAUGAGUACAUCAUUGGAUGAUAUCAAACGCCUUGUCUUAUCAAUUCAACCUUUGCAAUAUUGUAUAGAAGCUAUAGAAGAUAUAUUCUCCUGUUUAUUUUUGAGAUAUGAAUAUUUCUCUUGCUAUGAACAUACUCAGGACUAUCCUUGCGGCACACAUUCAGAGUGUUCAUAUUUUUAUUCUAAAAAGCAGAAUAAAAAUCCAAAAAGUAUAAACAGUUCGCGUGCAGGUUUCCUGUGCAAUUCUUUUACGACGCAAAUUAUUUUAAAUACUCUAAAAUUAUGUUUAGAAAAGUUAUGGGAGAGAGGAGACGUUAGUAAUAUAAAAAUGGACGAUCAAAACACGUCGGCUCGUUUGAAAAGGCUUACAAAUGUUAUCAAUCACUCAAUUUGGAAAAUGCAACUUGUUUCAACGCUUUCCCCUGACACAAAUCCAUUACAUCUGAAACUUUGUUUGGACUAUGUGGAGGUUGACGAAAGCAGUGAAGACGAAGAUCGUGAAUUAGACCAAAAGUUUGUGAGAAAGAAGCCGAAAAUGAGACGACGGAAUACCAAUCCUAAACCCGAAGUCGAUCACGCCAUGCUUGCGUCCACUAUUUCUGCGUCUGAAGACUCAUGUUCUUUAAAAAAGAACACGAUAGACUUCAUUUCAAUAAUGCUGGCGAAACCGAACUGCCUUGUCGCUUUGGCGUUGUAUCAAAACGAUUUCUCUAAAGCGAAUCAAAUCUUAGAGAUGUUCGAUCUCUCAGAUUCGGAAAUUGCUACAGAAGUUACUUUUACUGAACAAUUAAGGCACUUGAUUGCAAAAAUAAAAAAUAUUAUAUGUUAUCGAGAUUGUUCUCGGUAUCCUACGAAAGAACUGUCUGCCUUAUCUGUAGUAUCCACUGAGGUCAUGGGCCUCGUGGAGGGAUUCCUGGCUUCGAACAGAGCCCCGAAUUCAUUCGACAUUAUUGAAUUAGGUGCUCGUCAUUCACACUUACAACUCUAUAGCCACCAAAACGCGCCAUUUAUAAACGCUGUUGACAUACUCCUUAGUAGUGGACUCAAUCGAGAAAUAACGUAUGGAUUGAUAAAUGUAGUAGAGCGAAAACUUGCAGAAGUAAGAAGCAGCACGGACGUCAUGGCUGUAAAGAAGACUAAUUAUAUUCGAUUCGUUGAAGAUAUUGCUAGCGUAACUUUUGAAAUCUUUGGUAACACAGACAAAUCUUUUGAUUUCGUUGACAAUAUUUGCGAAUUAAUAACGGAUUGUCGAAUCCCUAUCAAACAUAAGGAAUUUUGUAAAUUAAAUCAACUCUCUAAAGAGCUACGACAAUGUUGCAUAGAUUUAGCCGACAUCGUUAACCCAAGUAAAACUAAUAAGUUGGACGAAAGUACAUUACAAAAGUAUCAUCAAAUUUACAUGAAUGUCGUCGCUUCCUCUGAUAAAGAUUUAUGUAACAUAAACGAAGUUUCACGUCAUGGAACUAAAAAAGCCAGAGUGCAUUACUUAAGAAAAUGUUACAUGUACGCGAAAUCUGUAUCGCAAUUGGAACAAGAGGAUAAAGUUAACGAAGCACCUGUUGACGCACCAUACUUUUCGGUGUUCGAAAGACAAUUACACGAUAUAUUUGGAAAUAUGAUAAACAACAAGGAGUUACCGAUCUCGUAUUUAGAACCUAUAUGCAAGAAAUUAAACGUAAAUUUGAUCCCGAAACUAAUUCUCAACUUUUGUCCGUCAAUUACUUUAGCGGGGCCUUUAAGAGAAGCCAAAGAAGAAAAUUUUAAUAAUCUGCUACAGGUCGUAUAUGACUUGAAAAAUUCGGAAGAAAAAUUGUUUGUUGAACCCAUGGCUGAUUUUGCUCCCUUACCGCGAACUCCAGAUCCUCAAAGUUUAACAUACAUCGUUUUGCAUAAUUGGGUGCUAGCUCACAUAAUUAGAAAAAUUCAUCCAUCUUUAAGCGAAAGUACUACCCGACAGAACAUAGAUGCUCGAACAAAACACCUCAAUAAAUAUAUGGAUUUGGAAAGAUUUGACUACACGAAAGUUCUUUUCGAUGGAAACAAAUGUUUAGCUUCACUUCAUACAAUAAUAGAUCUGGACAAAUUAUUUUUAUAUUUGCCACGGCUGUUAGAGUCCGGAAAAAUAUUGCAAUGUCUCAAAAUAUUGGACGCACUAUCAGAACGUCAGCUCAUGUGCAGCGCUAAUUUAACGAACAUACGGGAUUUGAUUUUAUUUAAAAUUGCCACUAACCCAAAAAUUUACAAUAAUUGGAAGUAUUGCCAGUAUCUCAAAUGCAACGAGUUGAAGUUAGAUCUCAUUCUCAAUAAUUUAUCAGCGUGGCCGGCAGAAGGAGCUCUUGAAGCAAUUAAUUACCUAAGAUUUAUUUUAGACCAAACAGUUGUAGAGGAAAAUUUAUAUGAAAAAUGUACAGACUGGAUCGUGAAGAUACCACUUUACGAGCAGAUAGCCUCCAUAAUGGGUACGAAUCAUUGGUACACUAUAUACGAAAAGUCAACGGAAAAUCCUGAAAAUAUAAUUGAAGUCCUAAUGGAUAGUCAACAGUUUAAACUAUGCUUAGAAUGGGCUGAUGUCCAUGAUGUUUCUGAUUAUAUGAAAAAUCUAAUUGUGAUAAAUCUUUUGCGUCAAUUAUUUGAAUACACGAAUCAAGCGACACCAUCUUUAGUCCAGGAAUUGCUUGAACGGCUUCCAAAUAGUCAGGCAAUGGAUUUAGUUUGUGAAGAAAUAUCAAAAAUCAGGAACAUAGAAAUUUUGAAAGUUUGUAUUGAUUUUAUAUCCACUAAUAGUAUAGCUUGGAAAACAUUCGAAAAUAUUAAAAUGGGCUUUCAAAUUAUGCUAGAAAUAGAAGCAAAUUCGAGACAUUUGUUCUGGGAGUUAAUAGAGAAGCCACUAAUCAUGAUUGAACAACUAUUGAUGAACGCAAAGCUAGAAAUAUUGGUUAAAAUAAUUAACAAAAUCGCGCCAACUUUGAAAAACGACAUAACCGGUGAUAAUCUUUACUAUAAUAUUAAAUCUAUCGAAACAUUAUUGAUUUCACGAAAUUCAGUGGACGCUCUGUUAAGAUAUUACGCAGAAAAAGCGCUAGACAUGAAAAAUCCACGACACACUUGUCCCUCACCACCUAAACCGUGGGAUGACUCGUUGAUGCAAUCGUUAGAUUCUAUAAAUAUAGAGGCUACUUCAAGGCCCUUUGUGAUGCCUGAACACGUACCAACUAAGGAACAGUGGGUGGAAGAUUACACGGCAGAUAGAUGCAUGGUGUGCAAAAUAUCUAUAUUCUCUAUGAUUAUACGUAGACAUCACUGCAGGCGAUGCGGGAGAGUUGUUUGUCAUGGAUGCUCGAGAAAUAAAAUGCAGGUACCCACAUAUCCAAGCAGCAUUAAAUUUCGUGUCUGCGAUGAUUGCUUUACGCAAACUAUGAAUAAGAAGUCUACUUCAGAGCGAGACAGUAUGAUGCUCAGUAGCAACUCGGAUUCGGGCAGCGCUACCACAUGCAUGGACUGGUGCCUUUCUUCUAACGCGAAGAAGAACGAAGCAGUUAGGGCAGAAUUUAGUUACGAAUUUACCCCUAACGUCACUCUCUGUUUGUCUAUAAUGAAGAUGCACACGAUCAACUUGGACUAUCCAAGAUUCCUGUUGGACCGCAGUGACGAGGUGGCUCGCGAGCUGGCGAGCGGGGGAGACUCCAGACUACUGGUGCGAGCGCGUCGCUCGCUAUUACUAGCGGCCGCAGAGCUCUACUCACGAGCACCCAAUGAAAAAUCGGCGAGCGCGCGCGUGGCGGAGACGGGCGCGGCGCACGCGGCGCGCUGCCUGGCGCACGCGGACGCCAUGGCCGCGCUCGUGGCGCACCAGGCGCACCAGCUCGUGCCGCACCACGGCGCGCACCCCAGUCAAAUUGUCCGUUCAUUACUGGAAGCAGAGAAAUGGGAGCUCGCUUUAGAGAUAGCGACAAAAUCGGGAAUUCCUCGUAACAGUGUACUCGCUGCGUGGGGUAAAGCUUGUUUAAAGGCUGGGUGUUUCAAAGAAGCUCGCAGAAAGUUCGCUCUCUGCUUCAAAAACGCACCAAAUGUUUGUGUGGAUGUCCAAGAAGAAUUAGAAUAUGGAAAAGAAGCUUCAGAAUCUCAUUUUGUAAACAGAAAACUACAUUUGAGAUCAGAAAGAUCUGUUUCUGUUUCAAGUAAUCAAUCAGAGAGUCGAUCACGGAGCAACCCUUUGUUAAAUGAAAUAAUAUCAAUGUUGGAAGAUAUGAACUACCCUGUUAAUCAACAAUUAUUAGACAAGGCAGAAAAUAUAAAGUCUACAAAUGAAAAAUUGUCAACUAUGAAUACCAGCAAGAAAAAGAUAUCUCUAACUGAACCAGCACUAAACAUAAUGCACACUCUAGCCAGCGUUAAAAAGAUCAAGCAAGGGGACUACAGCGAUUUUCAAACUGCCACUGUUCAGCCAAAGAAAACUCUGGCUCAAGGUCUUCUACGCAGAAAUAAUAACCACCAGGAACCAAAAGUGGAUCAUCAGAAGAAAAAACUUGACCCAUUCUUUUACAAAGAGUGCGUUUACUAUCUCAGUAACUACGGCUCACACGUCGCCAAUAUUAUGUUCUACAUGAAACACAGCAACAUGAAUGAAGUUAUUAGGUAUUGUUACGACAAUAUGGUCGACAAAGAGACUUUUACAGAAUCUGUUUAUAUGGAAUGCUUGAAGAUGGGCAAAGUAAAUGAUCUGUUAAAGGCUAUGAGUGACAUGGACAGUACAUUUGAAAUGUGGUCGGAGUACAUAAUGCACGUCUGCCGCACGCUGGAGGUGUCGAAGAAGCUGGAGGCGCUGUACGCGCUGCAGUGCGGCACGGGCCAGCACGCGCGCGCGUCGGCGUCGUGCGCGCUGCUGUACGCGCGGCCCGCGCCGCCCGCCGCGCCCUGCGCCGCGCUGCUGGCGCGCCAGCACCUGCUCGCCGCCGCGCUGCACCACCUGGCGCAGUGCGUGCCCGCCGCCACCAAAAUAAAUGAUCCAAGAUCAAUCCAGUUCUAUCUCGAUAAAACAACCAUAGACAAUCUGAUGACAACUGUGUCUCGACAAAUAGAAUUAGCUAAAUAUUUAGCCGCUAGUGAAGCGAGUGGCAGACUGACCGAGAAACUAGUAAACGAAAUCAUACCAGUUCAUAGUGGAAGGAAGAAUGAAAAUGAUCUAAGGCCAUUGACUCUGUUCGGUUCGACAACAGAUAAAAUAAGGAUUGUUGCAAUAGUCUUGGCCACUGGACCAACCAUAGAAGAAGGAUUCGAUUUAGCUUUUAAGAUUAUAAGUGAGCAUAAGUUGGACUCUAUGAACAUCUACACACACGUCGCCAAGUACUUGGUGAACGCAGACAGGUUCAUGGAGGUGAAAACUUUGGCUAAAUGCAUUCGUGCAUCGAAAGAAACCGCUGCCAACCUGAUGAGCGACCAGGUGCUGGAGGCGGGCGCCGGCGCGGUGGUGGCGCGGUGCGAGGCGCGCGGGCAGCUGCAUGAUGAACAGGCGGAACUGCUCAUCGCAGACAUCUCCAGCGUCGCCAUCAAGAUCUCCUGCUACCUCGUGUGUCGCAAUGUAAGUAAUGCUUACAUACUGGCCGCUAAACACGACCGUACCAACGACCUCCGAAGAAUAUUACAAGAAGCCGAGAGACUGGGUAAUGACCAAGUACGAAAUGCUUGUCUAAAGAGGCUUACAUCGAAAAAUUUACCAUUAUAGCAUUGAGUAAGUUGGAAAAAAUACUUAGGAACAUAUUAAAUGUAUUGUUUUCUAAUGUUUACGCGAAUUACACUCAUUAUCAUAUAACAA